AUGGCAUCUCGAAUUGUAUCUUUGAAGUCGGAAUACAAUUUCCCCCAUAGGUGCGUUGAUGGGUUUGCUUCAUUACUGAACGAAGCGAUUCCCGACAAUAAUAAGAUGGGGAAAACAUUCUAUGAUACAAAGAAGAUUUUUAACGGACUUGAGCUUCCGCACAAGAAGAUCCAUGCAUGCCCAAAGGGUUGUAUGUUGUUUUGGAAAGCUAAUGCUGAGUUGGAUAAGUGUAGAGUGUGCGAAAGGGAUAGAUACAAGAGGACUUCAAAGGGGUCAUUGGUUCCAAUAAAAGAACUCAUCUAUUUUCCAAUCACUCCAAGGCUACAACGAUUGUUUGCAACAAAGAACGUUGCGGAGGAAAUGACUUGGCAUUCCAAAAAUCCAAGAGUCCAAGGCACAAUGACGCAUCCUAGUGAUAGUGAAGCUUGGAAGCACUUGGAUAGAUCCUUCCCCGAUUUCGCAUCUAAACCUAGAAAUGUGAGACUUGGUAUGUGUACCGAUGAGUUUUCUCCUAAUGGCAAGUUUGGAGCAAUCUUGUGGACUAUAAGUGAUUUCCCAGCAUAUGGUAUGCUUUCUGGAUGGGCAACAGCUAGUGAAAAAGCAUGUCCAUAUUGCUUGGACAAAUCAAAAGCUUUUUGGCUUGAACAUGGUGGUAAAAUGUCUUGGUUUGAUUAUCAUCGACAAUUUCUUCCUCCCGAACAUCCUUUUCGAAACAACAAAAUUGCUUUUUGUAAGAACAAGGUUGAAAAGGGGACACCACCUCACAUAAUGUCCGGCGAUGAGCUAUGGCAACAAGUUCAACACUUUGCUAAGUCAAGAGAUGGACCAGAAGCACUUGCAAGCUUGAAAAAGAAGAAACUAGGUUGUUUUAAGCAAAGCGUUCUUUGGGAGAUACCAUACUGGAAGACUCUUCUCCUCUGCCACAACCUCGAUGUGAUGCGUAUUGAAAAGAAUUUCUUUGACCAACUAAUUCACACAGUGAUGGAUGUGAAAAAACAUACUUCAGACACAGUUGCAUCUAGAAAUGACAUUGCCAAAUAUUGCAAACGACCACAACUACAUGUGACGGAGGAUGCGAGGGGCAAAGACACUUUGCCGAAAGUUCCAUUCUCACUCGACAAGGCUCAAAAGAAAGUGUUAUGCGAGUGGGUAAGGAACUUGAAAUUUCCCGAUGGUUAUGCUUCUAAUUUGAGUAGAUGUGUAGAUUUACAAUCAUGUAAUCUUCAUGGUUUAAAGAGCCACGACUGUCAUGUCUUCAUGGAGAGAUUGUUGCCAGUUGCUUUGAAGGAAUUGCUCCCGGUCCAUGUUUGGAAAGCUAUUACUGAGAUUACUCUUUUCUUCCGUGAUCUUUGUUGUUCCACCAUCAAAUUGAGUGAUAUGGAAAGAUUGGAACAAAACAUUGCAGAAAUUCUUUGUAAGCUCGAGAAGAUAUUUCCACCAGCGUUCUUCAACUCUAUGGAACACUUACCAGUUCACUUGCCUUAUGAAGCUAGGUUAUGUGGUCCUGUCCAAUAUCGUUGGAUGUAUCCGUUUGAGAGGUUCCUUAAUCAUUUGAAACGUAAAAUUGGAAAUAAGGCUCGUGUGGAAGGUUCAAUAUGCAAUGUUUAUCUAACGGAAGAGAUAGGGUACUUUUGCUCUAACUACUUCCAACAAGGAGUGGAUACCAAAACACGGGACUUAGGUCGAAAUGUUCAUGAUGAUGUUGAAAGCACUUUGGAUGAUAGUGUUCCAGAACUGUUUAGGGUUGAUCAUGGACAUGCUUCUACUGGUGGAGUUCGUCGCUAUUUGGAUGAAAAAGAACUACAACGUGCUCAUUUAUAUGUUUUGGGAAAUAGCGGUAUUUUGGAACCAUAUGAGAGGGGGUUUGAGGACCACAUUGUUCAAAUGCAACCCACUAUUCGCAAAGAAGAUGUGUGGAUUAAACAUGAAGCUGAAUUCCUCGAGUGGUUUAGGUUGAAAGUGAUCCAAGAAAAGCCAAAUGAUGAAAUAUUGUUUGCUUUGGCUAUGGGCCCAUCUAAGCGAGUGCGUACUUGGAGCCAAUUCUAUGUGAAUGGAUACAAAUUCCAAACUUAUGGCCAUGGAAAACAUAAGUCAACAAUGAAUUAUGGAGUAAGCGUAUCCAAUGAAGAUGGUGGUGAUUAUUUUGGUUUUCUAGAGGAUAUCAUCGAGUUAGAGUUCACUGGUGCCCUACAGACUUAUAAGACUGUUCUUUUCAAGUGA